UAUUAAGCUCCUGGUUCUGGCCACACCCUUGGCAGGGCCCACUGAACACGUUGGACCUGUGAUGACUCCCAGAGGGUGUGUCCACUGUGAACCAGACUAGUGUUCACCUCCUCCAGCUCUUUACCGGCGGGGGAGUUGUUAACCUCGCCUCAGUCCUCCUCCUCCUCCUCCUCUUCUGGACUUUGGAGACACGCAGCAGCGCCAGAUCCGUGCGCCUCUCAGGAGGGAAGUGAAGCGUUUUCCCCAGCGGCUCAGCUCGGAUAUUUGACACUACUGGAAAUACCACCAACACACAUUUUCCUUUUUGUGUACAACCUGUAACCAACUCGGAUACUUGGCAGGAUCUGAGGCUGUAACCAUGGGGGACGUGGUUUCCUCUCACCUGGAUGAGAGCAGGCGGGAGAUGAUUACAGCUCGGACCGGACAUUUGAUGAAGGAGUUCAGUGACGUGUACGAGCAGCAGUAUGCAGUCGCUCUCUUCAACAGUGUCCGCUAUGAGAUAGAAGGUGGAGGAGGAACGCAGGCGCAGCUGCUUCACAGAAAGGACCCUCUGGCAGGCAGGUCCAUUUUCUCGGGGAGUCUGUUUCAAUAUCUGGAGGAGAACAGGAAGUGGAGGAAUCGCUUUGUGUCUGUGCCAAACAGCUACACCAUCAGCCUCUAUGAAAACAAAACAGCACAUGAACGAGGCCUCCACCCAAAAGUUACUAUCAACUGUGCUGGGUACAAAGCCCUGACCUCAAUGGAGGAAUACUUGGAGCUGAUUAAUGCCAGCCUGCCAGGUAUCAAGGCCAAAGUGGGCACUCAUCCAUUUAUCAAGUGUGCGAGCCAGUUCCCCCUCAUCCUGUGGCACCCAUAUGCCCGCCACCACUACUUCUGUGUGAUGACAGAGAAGGAGCAGAAGAAGUGGCAUGCUGUGCUGCAGGACUGCGUCAGACACAGUGACAACGGUCUGUCAGAGGACUGCCCUGUUCAGAUGCCGGCCUUCACUGAUGCCGUGAGACUUCACAGACAAGCCAAGGGACACUACGGGACCUGGGAUAUGAUGUGUGGACAGCCCCCACAGAUUCUAGCAAAUCUGGUGAUGGAGACCCUCCACCCAGAGCUUAGGAGCGUGAUUGGUCCUCGUCUGAAGGGAAAGAUGCAGCAGAAGCAAAGGAAUUGGAUGUUGAUCUCUGAUGCAGUGUACAGACAGGUGUUGGCACAGACCACCGGUCAGUAUGAAGCACUGGUCGAAGCCUGUGAGGCCCAGAGAGUUCAGCUGGAUGCCAGACUGCGAACUGACAUGGACCAGAUUAUCACAUCCAAAGAGCACGUCAGCAGCAAGAUACGAGCUAUGGUGUUGCCCAAGGCAGAGCAACUCCUGCGGAACAGCGUCCAGCCAUACAUCAGCUCCAUCCUGGAGGCCCUGAUGGAGCCCACAAGCCGAGGUUUCUCCGAGGUCCGGGACGUUUUCUUCAGGGAGUUGGUGGAGAUCAGCAAGAACUCGCUAAAUGGAGGGGGCAAAGAAAAACUGGGUGAUCACUUGGAGAGGCUGUCCAUGCUGGCCUUCCACCCAGUGAAGAUGCAGAGCUGCUAUGAGAAGGUGGAGCAGCUCAAUCUGGAGGGGCUGCAGCAGAGGUUCGACGUCUCCAACCCCUCUGUGUUUGUCAGCAGGGCUCAGAUCCUCAUGAGGGAGCAAAUGGACAAUGCAGUGUACACAUUUGAACAGCUGCUCAACCAGUCUUUAGAGGCCCAGGGAGGAGACGACAUGUGCAAGAACAUCCAGCGCUGCCAGGACCGAGUUCUCAAGAAAUAUGAUUAUGACAGCAGCACGGUGCGCAAGAAGUUCUUCAGAGAAGCUCUGCUGCAGAUCAUCAUCCCAUACAUGCUGCAGCAUCUCUCGCCAUCCUGCUCACCUGAGCUGCCUCACUUCAAAGAGCUAAUCUUUGAGGACUUCUCCCGUUUCCUGCUGGUGGAAAACCUGUUCGAGGAGGUGGUGCUGCAGUCUGUCUCCAAGGACAUAAUGAUGGCUGUGAAGGAGGCGGCUGUCCAGAGGAGACACAACCUGUACAGGGACAGCAUCAUCCUGACCAGCAGUGACCCCAACCUACACCUGCUCGGGGAAACUCCUUCAGUGGACUGGGCUGCUAAAUUUGGUGGUGAUGAGGCAGACGGCUCUGUUGAUGUUGGCGGCAUUGAAGGAGGAUGCUCUGGGAAAAGGCGCAGGCAGGUGGUGUCCAUGAUCCAGCUGGAUGGGGUUCCUCUGCCCUUUGAGUCCUGUUUGGAGGUCCCAGGUGUGGAGCUUAUCCCAGAGGAGGAUGCAGAGAUGUUUGAUGUUAAAGAGGAGGACCAAGGGGAGGACGAGGAGGACGCAGACCUGCCUGAGGUUCCCAAGUCUCCCAAGUCUCCUGAUAGCGUGAAUGAAAUCAGAGAUCUGAUAAAUCCCGUGCUGGAGGUGGUGAUUCCUGUGUCAGAGGAGAGCCAGAGCGACAUCACCAAUGGGACGGAGCCAACCACAGGCACCAUCACCAUGGAGGAUGGGGUAGAGGAGGAUGUGAUAAAUGUCACCACUGUGGUGGAGGAUGUCCCUAGGAAAUCUCUGCAAGGCAAGUCAUCUCCGCAGACAAUUCUCCAGCAGCUGAUAGGAAGCAAGAAACAGGACGCUGAUGAGGAGCAUCAGGAGGAAACGGAGACAGCGGUACAUGAAGACGACAGUGAACGGAUUGUUGAGGCAGCAGAAUCGGGUUAUGAGUCGUCGCCUAAGCCACCACUGUCUACGGACUCCAGCCCAUGUGGCGACAAUGGCUUCCAAUCACCGACCAAAGAGGGGCUGGAUGAAGGUGAGCCUCAGCCAAUCAUAAAUAAAAAGGACAAAAUUAUCGACCCAGGAGAAGUGGAAGUGCUUCUAGUGUAGGAAGACAAUCCUCUGAACAUGAUUCUCAUAAACUGGAGAAAGCAGCAGAGUGCGCAUCACAUGUAAUGGGAGAGAAUUGGAAUGAAAAAGGAUUGUAUUUAAGAGUUUUAAUUCAAAGCGUUUUAUUGUUAUUCACACUGCACACUCCAAAACCAAGUCUCUCAUCCUCCCCUAGAAUUUUCUUUUUUGUCUUUGGUGAUUGGUUUCUUUCUAUGCAUCUUAAUGAAUCUCAAUGAAAGUUUUCUUCAUCUUUUGUGUAUGACACUGAAUUCAGCAUGUCUGAUUUAUAUAAGUAAGGCUCCUAUAUGCUACGCCACAUGAAAGUAAUCCACUAUUUUAAACAUAUAAAAUAAGGGAGGAACACUAAACAACAACGACAUCUAAGUUAUUAAUGUUUUCACGUCUUAUAGCAGGAAGGAAGACCUGUAUUUUCUCUAUAUCUCACAUUUAUACAGUCAGAUUAUAUAUAUACAGUUUGUGCCUUUAACUGUACUGCAGGAUUCCUCUUUCAUGACCACGUCCCCUACCUGGGCAGCAGGGGGUGCUACAAUAAACCUUUAGAUAUUAUGGAGAUUUGUACAACUAUUUUUUAAUAACUAUUUCUUUUGAAAUGCAGGAAUCUAUUUUUGUAAAUUGUAAUGUUUUAAAAUAUGAAGUUUGUUUACUUUGAGCGCUUUUCCUGUAUUCGCAAAUGGCCUUCAUGUUUCAACACUAGAUGUUUUAGUACAAACCUGUCAGGAAUGUCCACUGUGAAGUAGGAUGUUUUAUUUUUUGACAACUGUGCAACAAAAAAAAACAACCAAAGUUUUUGUGACUUCAUCUGUGAGUCUUUAACUUUUUGAUUUUGAUGAACUGAUGAAUUUUUAAUGUUGGCUUCAGUCAAUGUUUCUUAAUUUCCCCAACUUCACUGUAAUUACACCGACUCACACAUGACAGUGACAAUUCUUCUAUUUAAAACCUUUUAUAGGUCAAAUUUUACUAUCUGGGUAAGAUAUUUUCCUAAAUGUAUUUCAUUUGGACGAAGUGGCUUUUACAGUUUUAUCUUAUGUGUAAAAAAUGAAAAGAAUAGACCGUAUCACUUGUUGGGAAGACUUGUGGCAUUAGACACACAGAUGACUUGUGUGUUCUGUAAAUCCAGGAGGUUUAAUAAACUUCAGAUAUUAUUUUAUUAUAAUAUAGCAGUGAGUAAUUUACUUUUCUUUUCUUCAAGGAAAUGUCCUGAAACUAUUUUAUUUGGUACCAAGUAUAGGGAAAUUAGCCACAGUCAUUGUCCAUUGUAUGCUUAGCAGUUGACAUUUUUGCAUGUUCAGUUGACCUGCAGGGCACCAAUUAAACCGAGAUAAUCCUUCAUUCAAAUACGGAAAUAAAAGGGGAAACCUGAGAGACAGAAACAGAGGAGGAACAUGACAUACUAAAAGGUGUUGUACAUAUUGGAUAGCAGAAGUUGAACUAAAACACACAGCAGAGAUGGAAUAAAAAGAAUUAGGUAAAUAAAUUAGAAACAUUCUUUCAUAUUUUAUUCUGUUUUUAUUAUAAUUAGUACCAAAUGACAGCCCUCGUUGCAUAUCAUAUCACUUUCCUUGAGGGAACUGUUUAAAACCUUUGUUACCACAUUCUUUUGUUGUUAGCAUCACAUGUACACACACUGGGUGAGUCUGUUUCACUUCUAUAUAAACAGCCCAAGCUGUCAGUGUCCUGUUGUGAAAUCAUCUAUUGUCACUGUUUCCAAGUGCAUUUUGAGUUUGCUGUCUUGAGAUUCAUAACCAUUACUUCCAAUGGAGAACCGCUGACGGUCGCCAUCUCCUGUUUAUUUAUUACAAAACCGUCUGUUUGGUUGCAGCUCAACUUGUAUCCUAAGUGCUUUUGUCUCACUGAGAUAUAUAUAAACAAAUAUGGAUGAAUAAAAGUAUUUCAUCAA